AUGGCAAGACUAACAACCACUCGUCGUAACCGUUUAUUUUGGGAACUGAUUGUUGCAUUUAUGUUGGUUGUCUCUGCUGCUGUUUUUCAAACAUUUCAUUUUUUCAACAAUGCAUGGUUGGUGCAGAUCAAUGGUUCAUAUAUCUAUCAGCGUGGUUUAGGAGACGACUGUGUAAAAAAUGAUGAAUUUUCGGAUGGAAUUAGGUGCACAGGUUGGUUAGAUAGCGGAUAUAGUACCUUCGUUAUCAAUGGCCAGAAUAUUACUGCCUUAGAUGUUGUUCCACCUUCCAUAGGACUGAGAUUGGCACGCGUUCUCAUGAUUUUCAGCAUUUUAUUAUAUUUAAUCGUUAUUUUCUCGUUAUUUUUCACUUGUGUGAAACGCGAUCUCAAAGUGCAAAAACUCUUGUGUAGUGUGACUGUAUUGCUGAUUUUCAUCAAUUUUCUCAUUAUAUUCCUCGUUUUGGUGGAUAGCUCAGAACCAUUUAUCAAAACCAUGAAAUACUGUUCACUUGGUAGUGCAUUUUACUACUUCCUUUUAUCAUAUUUGUUGUUAUGGAUUGGAAGUGCAGUACAUUUCGAUUCUUGGAUUGACGUUUGUGAUGAUAUGCACGCGAAUGAUUUGCCGAUAGGACUUUUAGAUCAGAUUCGAAGGAACACAACUUUGUAG